AUGUCCUCCUCCGUUCCCCUCCAGAUCGCGGAGACGCUACAGACGGCCCACAUCGUCCACAACCCGUCGGCCGAGCGUGAUCUGGCGCCAUCGACAGCCGCCGAUGUCCGUGAGCCGGUUGUGCUGGAGACAGUAAGCGGCCGCAAAACCAGACGACACGGUGCGGUGCCGGAGCUCGACGAAGACCCGCUUGAGCUUGACGCGCUAGACGAUGAGGAGGACGAGGGCGAAGGCGAGGCCGGAGAGAGCCCGUACAGCAUCAUUCGGCCGUGGGACCCGACCGUGGACCGGAGCACCCACUACGGCGGACGCGCGUCCUCGCGCCCACACCAGCAGCUCCCACCGCUCCCCGACCUACGUUUUGAGCAGAGCUACCUCCAUAGCCUGGCGGCGGCCGACACGUGGUGGAAGGUGGGACUGGUAACGGUGCGCGACCAGCUCCUGAUGCCGUUCGUGCAAGGCCUGCUCUACAACCUGGCGGUGUGCGGAUGGCAGUAUUGGAACCGCGCCUCGAAGUUGAGCGGGCAGUCUGUGGGCGCGCGUGUAAGGCGAUGGUGGUGGGGAGUGAACAACUGGACGAUCCCAGGAACAGGAGCACUGGCUACGGUGGCGUCGGCGGCAGAACGGCGCCCCGUAAAUACGCAGUAUUAG